CGUGGAAAGCGGAGGAAGCUGCGGGGGCGGCGGGGAGGGCGGAGGGGAGAGGCAGGCCGACAGCCACGCAAGUCUGAAGCGGUCUGUGCCAACCUCCAGGCGCUGCGCUUCAAGGCUCCCCAAGGCCUGGGGCGCACGGCAACCACCCGCAGAGAGUGGGCGUGGAGGGGAUGUUGGGGAAAAGCGCCCCAGGAACCUGAACGCCCUACCCAAGCGCGCCAGGUCUUCACCACCUCUCAAGCCCCGCCCCGCCCGGAGGGCUGCGUUCCCCUCUCGAAGGCCCGGUGGAGUCAUAAACAGGUGUGCGCCCGGCCAGGAACAGGCGCGCGUGGGAGUGCGCGCCCACCCUGGUCGCCGGGAGGGGCCGGGCGGGGCCGCGCAGGCGCCGAGCUUUGUUAGAGACGCUCCCGGGAGCCACGCGCCGGGCAGACAGGCUUCCUCCCAGGGGCCGGGUGUGGGGUGGUGCCCGCCGCGAUUGGCCAAACGGGCGGCCCGCCACUGGCUGAAACCCCGGCCCCCGCCCCUCGGCCGCAGGGGGCGGGGCGCGGGUGCAGGUUGGUCGGCGCGUGCUGCUCCCCGGGGUCUCACGCGACCCAGGGAUGGGUGCUCUGUGGCCUUAGACCUGCCCUACCCCCAAAGGCGAGCGUGGCAGGGGUCGCACCAGGGACCUGCGGACAGCAGUUUGGGGGUCGGUGCGCACACGGCACCUGCGUACUGCAUCUUGGGGGGCGCAUGGACACCUGCUGGGAGCCGGGACCCACUGGGGACCUGCGGACUGUGCCCGGGGGGCGGGGUGUGGUCGCGCUCACGGCUUGGUCUUUGCAGGCUGUGUGCGCCAGGGGUUGGACGAAGCGUGGCGGGAGGGCGAGGCAAGGGAAGGAGGGCGUGAGAAAGGAGGCGGUGGCGGCGCGGAGGAGGGUUAUCUAUACAUUUAAAAACGAGACGCCUGCGCCGCGCGGGGAAGACCUGGGGAGCGUCCGACAGCACGCGCGAGUCACGAGCGCCCCACGCUCCCCGGUGCGCACUGCCCGCCACCUCUCGGCCUCCUGCGCCUCGUUGUCUCCGGACCCCAGACGACCUGGCACCACGUACCCUGGGUAGUCGUUUGGCAGCACGGUGCCAGAUCGUCGCUGAGGCUUGACCGUCGUUCCUCCGCCCUCGGUUCCUCGCCCCACACCUUCCUGCGGCGCGCAGGGACUCGGAGGAGGCGCGGGGCGAGUGGAUGCGGGCGCGAUGGACAGCGGCGCGCUGCCCCGGCCCGCGCCCCCUGCGCCUGGUGUCUCGGGCUGCUGCGCCGCUCGGCGGCGACCGGAGUCUCCAGAGCUGCUGCGCUGCAGCCGGCGGCGGCGGCGGCCAGGCGCGGUGGAGACCGGGAGUGGAGCGGCGGCCGUGGCGCGGCGCAACGAGCGGGAGCGCAACCGAGUGAAGCUGGUGAACUUAGGAUUCCAGGCGCUGCGGCAGCACGUGCCUCAGGGCGGCGCCAGCAAGAAGCUGAGCAAGGUGGAGACGCUGCGCUCGGCGGUGGAGUACAUUCGCGCGCUGCAGCGCCUGCUGGCCGAGCACGAUGCCGUGCGCGCCGCGCUGGCCAGGGGGCUGCUGGCGCCAGCCGCGCGCCAUCCACUGCCCCACGGGCCACCCGGGGCCGCCGCCGCCUCGCCCUCCUGCGCCUUGUCGUCCCCGGGCCGCGAGCACAGCUCGGAGCCCGGGUCCCCGCGCUCCGCCUACUCGUCGGACGACAGCACCUGUGAGGGCGCGCUGAGCCCCGCGGAGCGCGAGCUUCUCGAUUUCUCCAGCUGGUUAGGGGGCUACUGAGCUCUCGUCCCAGCAAGCGGCCGCGAGCGGGCUCACCACUUGGGAGCCAGCGCGUUGGAAUGGAUCACGUUUCCGUCCCCGCCGUUCCCGCGGGCCAAGCCACCACCGAGCCGGGGAUCCCGCCGACCCUCCCCGGCCGUCCAGCCUGACCAAGGGCUAGUGUAGAAGCGGCCCAGCCUGACAUCAACCGGGCGGCAGCUUCCUCGGACCCCAGCCACCCUGUCCCCGGAGGCCUUCCACUGGAACGGGUCUGCGGCACCAAGACUUGGAGGUUUGAAGGGGAGAGGAUUUUAUGCCGACACAGAUGUCUAUUUUUUACGCAUGAACUUGAACUGCCCAGGGACACUGACAGUAUGAACACUUGUUUUUGUGCAAAGAAUCCUUAGAUUUGGAACCCAAUAAAGAUUGUCUACU